AUGGCUCUAGAUCCCUGGCUGCACGAGGACGACACGCUGGUAAAGCAGGCUUUGUACGGCAGCGGAGAGGAAUCGCUUGAUGGCCUCGUAGCUCCCUCUGAGGUUGCAUUGAGACAUUCGCCUGGAUUGGGCAGAAGCCUUUCGUCGGUCCAAGCGCUGUGGCCGGCAAGCUAUGAUGAGCACAAAGACUUGACAGAGUGCAUUGCAGCAUGGCAAGAGACUGGAGGUCGGACCUUCCCAGACUUUGGACGGAUCGUUUCGCGAAGUCCGGGAAGCACACAACGCUUGCAGGAGAAUGAGGCCGGCAGAAGUGAGCUCUUCGGACCGGCCCUGGUCCUCAACGUGGGAGGCACUCUCUUCAGGACAACGCCAAGUACCUUGCGGAAGGCUCCUUUUUUUGAUUCCAUGUUGCGACACACUGUGGAGGGCGGUUUUGGUGCAACUGUUGACAGCGAAGGUCACUACUUCGUGGACCGAUCGGGUUUUCUGUUCAGAUAUGUUCUCGAAUACCUGCGCACGGGCUUCUGGCUUCUGGGGGAGAAAGCCUGUGACCUCGAGUUCAUAGAUGCCAUCAGGGCAGAGGCCAGCUUCUACGGGUUGGAAGGAAACCAGCAGUUGCCGGUACCCCGCAUCACCGAGUAUGUGUCCGUUUGGCAGCACAAAGAUGACACCUCGAUUUAUGUGGAUUGUCUCGAGCAGACCAUCCGAGAGGAGAGGGCGCUGCACAUUCGCAAGCCUUUCCUGCUUCUGAGACUAGUUGUCGGUCGCUUGCUGCAGGAGCUUUCCGAGGAGGCGGCUUGUGAGGAGUUGGGCGAGAAGCUCCCAGCGCAAGUGGGCCACAUCGAGCUGCAACUGCUAACUGGUGCGGCCAAGGGACGGUCCUGCUCUGCCGGAGGUUAUCGCAGGACCGCGAACAACCAAUGCAGGCAAUCGAGCUUCAGACGGUUAACCCUGUCCCAGGGUGAGAAGUGUUUUCGACUGCUUUACUGCAUCUCACAGGAGGGAACCGGUGCUCAAGCAACGAAAGAUCGCCUUGCUUUAGCUGUUUCAAGGUCUCCAGUCCGCGGAGCAGGUUUUGAUGCCUCCCCGGAGACCGGUGUGCAGGACGUGGCAAACGCGGCAGCCGACAAUCCUGACCAAAGGUCAUCGCGACUGAAGAAUGGUUGGCACGACUCUACAAGACCAUCCGAGUGGUCUGAACGAGAGCUGAAGGAGCAAUUGGACCUGCAGAGGGAAUUGGAAGAGAAGGAGAAGCAACUGCAGUGGCAACAGCAGCAGCUGCUGAAGCAAUUUGACAGCGCUUCCGGCCAAAAAGCCCGCGAUGACGAACGGCGCAGCGAGCCUGGUCUUCAAAGAGGAUUGUUGCCAGCUUCGAGCAGCUGGAACUUGCCCGAGAACAACAUGCCACAGGGGGCACAGGCGGCGGCGCGACGCACCUUGCAUCACUCUCCAUCUGCUCCUGAGUUCGCCAGCGCAGGGCAGGAGAAGACAGGUCCCAGCUCUUCCAGAAGCACUGGGCUGCACGGGAGGACAACUUCCAGGCAACAGCGCUCCGUCACGCCGGAUGCUCCAAGAAGACACCCGGUCAGAGCUGCAGCUGAACAGGAGGUUUCGGCAUCGUUGCGAGUUCCAAGUUCUGGAAAACAUGUGCCAAAGCUCGAGCGCGAGGCGCCUGUGCACAUUCGUCUCUACCAGGAGAAGGAUGAUCGCCGAAGACGCCUAGAACAGGCUCGGCUGCGGCGCUUGGAGCAGGAAGAGGAGGACCUGAGGGUGGCAGCCGAGAGAGCUUUGGGAAGGCAGCCGAGCCCAGCCAGACCACGCCGUGAUCCGAGCCCAGGCAAGAUGCUUCUGGGUCCCAGUCCAAGCGGCGGUCCAAGCUCUGCUUGCAGGACGGAUUCUCCGGCCAGGAGAGCAAGACCUCCGAUUCCUGACAGGCCAGGGAGUGCCGGACGAAGUCGGCAUGGAACCGAAGGCGUUGCCAAAGCUGCUGGCACUCGGUGGAGAAAGACUGGGCUGGGCGACCGCACCCAGAAGCAGGAGUCUGAGCCCAAUGACACGGAUCCCAUGUUGCCUGCUGGUCUUGAGACUUCCAGCAUCGCCUCUGUCGCGUCUGACUCUGGAGCCGUUUGCCAACACAGCCUGGUCUCCGUUGGAACCGGCGUUGAGGACAGUGUGUGUGGCGAGGCAGCCACCUCUGCUGGACAAGAAGAUGAGGUUCAGCGCCUCCGACAUAUGGUGUCGUCCCAGCAGCAGAGGACAUGCUUCGCUGAGAGCUGUGUGCGUCUUGCGAUUCGAACGAGCAUGUGUGUCAUGUCGGCAGCGAGAAUCUGUGAUGCCUAG